AUGAUCGCCCGCGGACAGUUCAUUUUCAACCCCCUCACUGAACCUCCAAGAAUGGCGUCACAGAUCUCUUCGCCGUCCCAACCGACCCAACCGACGGGGAAGGUCGACCUCUCCAAGAAACUUUCCGAGUUACGAUCGAAUAAUCGCAGACCGCAGACCAAUUCCCGAGACCCAACCCCAAUCACACCUCCUCUACCUUCGCCGCCAGAUCUUUCGGCCCACACCUAUCGGAAACCCGCCCGCCGAAUUCUGUCACACAAGGACCACGAACUCUUCCUCUCCUCUCCAACCUACAAACUCGUUCUCGCUUUUGUCUUCGGGCUAUCUGACUCCGUACGAGGCCAGUCAGUCGCCGAUCUCCAGCAAAAGUCCGAGUCCGAAUCCAUCACCAAGGUCCUCGCAGUCGUGAGCCAGAUUCGGGCUCUCUUGUCCAAAAACCCUCCAAUCGACCAAGGCGGCUCCAGAUUCGGCAAUCCCGCCUUCCGCCAGCUGUGCGAUGAUGUGAAAAGCCAAAGUGCGUCAUGGCACACCGGUAUUCUGGGAUUGAAAGAUGGCGCAGCAACCGAGGAAGUCUCAACAUACCUGAUCAACUGCCUGGGGUCACAAGAGCGCAUUGAUUAUGGAUCUGGCCACGAGCUCAACUUUAUGAUGUGGCUGUUAUGUCUGUACCAGCUUGGCCUUCUCUCGAAGACGGAUUUCCCAGCGGUGGUGGUCAAGGUUUACAUCGAGUACAUGCACCUCAUGCGUGAGAUUCAAUCGGCAUACUAUCUUGAACCAGCUGGAUCACAUGGUGUCUGGGGUCUGGAUGAUUACCAUUUCCUACCGUUCUUGUUCGGUGCCAGCCAACUCGUGGCGCAUCCGUAUAUCACUCCUCUGGGAAUUCACAACACGGCGACCCUGGAUGAGGAGGGAGAUAAUUAUCUUUACCUCGAUCAGGUCCGCUGGGUGGACAGUGUCAAGACGGUGAAGGGCCUCCGCUGGCAUAGCCCCAUGUUGGAUGAUAUCUCUGGCUCCAAGAAUUGGACCAAGGUUGAAAGUGGAAUGAAGAAGAUGUUUGUUAAGGAGGUAUUGGGCAAGCUUCCAAUCAUGCAGCAUUUCCUAUUUGGAAGCCUCUUGCCCGCUGCCGAGGGCAUGAGUGAUCCUUCAGAAGGCGAGAUUGGUGAGCAUGAUGGACAUGAUCAUGCUGGACACGACCACCCUCACGACAGUGCAGACUGGUUCGGUGACUGUUGUGGUAUCAAGGUACCCAGUACCGUGGCCGCGGGCGCCGAAAUGCGUAAGCGCAUGGGUGGAUCGAACUUGCGCCCGAUUCCAUUCGACUAA